CACACACACACACACUCUCUCUCUCCCCUCUAUAAAGACCAACAAUUUCCAAGUUUUUCUCUAUCACCAAAUCUCUGUUUUCAAGCUCUCUGUUUUCAUCAGAUUUCGGAAAAUAAGAGUUUUGAUUCGGCAGUUAUGGUGAGAAUUUUCCUUCUCUACAAUCUAUUAAACUCGUUUCUUCUCUCUUUAGUACCAAAGAAGCUACGAAGUCUCUUCCCUCUCUCUUGGUUCGACAAAACUCUCCACAAGACCUCACCGUCGUCGAUGUUACCCUCUCCGUCACCGUCGUCUGCGCCGACGAAAAGAACAGAUCCGUCCGAGCUCAAACGGGUUUUCCAGAUGUUCGACAAGAACGGCGACGGUCGAAUCACUAAAGAAGAGCUCAACGACUCACUCGAGAAUCUAGGAAUCUACAUACCUGACAAAGAUCUGACUCAGAUGAUCCACAAGAUCGACGCCAACGGCGAUGGAUGCGUAGAUAUAGACGAGUUCGAGUCGCUGUACAGCUCGAUAGUGGAUGAGCAUCACAACGAUGGAGAAACAGAGGAAGAGGACAUGAAAGACGCGUUUAACGUGUUUGACCAGGACGGAGAUGGGUUUAUCACCGUAGAGGAGUUGAAAUCGGUGAUGGCUUCCUUGGGACUCAAGCAAGGGAAAACCCUAGAUGGUUGCAAGAAGAUGAUUAUGCAAGUGGAUGCUGAUGGUGAUGGUAGAGUCAAUUACAAAGAGUUCCUUCAGAUGAUGAAAGGUGGUGGCUUUAGUAGCAGUAAUUGAUCUUUGAUUAGGGUUUGAUUUGACAGGAGCUUAAGAGUGUGUUUAUUCCAUUGAUUGGUUUGUUUUCUUGUUUUUCCCCUGUGAAUAAUCUUCUUAUGAUGAGUCAAAACAUCGCAAUCAAGGUGUGUAAUCUUGUUUUUUAGGGUUUCUCUGGGCUUAUGUAAGAUUCACCUUCUCAUUUUAUCUUGUUUAGUGUUCUUUAGUAGAUUGUUAAACUUAAACAUUUCUUAUCAAGAUACUAUAGGUCCAUAU